AUGGGAACCUGCUCCAAAUGUGUGAUUGAUAUCAUUGAUGCUGUGUUAAAACUGAGAACAUGCUUCAAAUGUGUGAUUGAUAUCAUUGAUGCCUUGUUAAAUCUGGGAACCGGCUCUAAAUGUGUGAUUGAUAUCAUUGAUGCUGUGUUAUAUCUGGGAACCUGCUUCAAAUGUGUGAUUGAUAUCAUUGAUGCUGUGUUAAAUCUGGGAACCUGCUCCAAAUGUGUGAUUGAUAUCAUUGAUGCUGUGUUAAAACUGAGAACAUGCUUCAAAUGUGUGAUUGAUAUCAUUGAUGCUGUGUUAAAUCUGGGAGCCUGCUCCAAAUGUGUGAUUGAUAUCAUUGAUGCUGUGUUAAAUCUGGGAACCUGCUCCAAAUGUGUGAUUAAUAUCAUUGAUGCUGUGUUAAAUCUGGGAACCUGCUCCAAAUGUGUGAUUGAUAUCAUUGAUGCUGUAUUAUAUCUGGGAACCUGCUCCAAAUGUGUGAUUGAUAUCAUUGAUGCUGUGUUAAAUCUGGGAACCUGCUCCAAAUGUGUGAUUGAUAUCAUUGAUGCUGUGUUAAAACUGAGAACAUGCUUCAAAUGUGUGAUUGAUAUCAUUGAUGCUGUGUUAAAACUGAGAACAUGCUUCAAAUGUGUGAUUGAUAUCAUUGAUGCCUUGUUAAAUCUGGGAACCUGCUCCAAAUGUGUGAUUGAUAUCAUUGAUGCUGUGUUAAAUCUGGGAACCUGCUCCAAAUGUGUGAUUGAUAUCAUUGAUGCUGUGUUAAAACUGAGAACAUGCUCCAAAUGUGUGAUUGAUAUCAUUGAUGCUGUGUUAAAACUGAGAACAUGCUUCAAAUGUGUGAUUGAUAUCAUUGAUGCCUUGUUAAAUCUGGGAACCUGCUCCAAAUGUGUGAUUGAUAUCAUUGAUGCUGUGUUAAAUCUGGGAACCUGCUCCAAAUGUGUGAUUGAUAUCAUUGAUGCUGUGUUAAAUCUGGGAACCUGCUCCAAAUGUGUGAUUGAUAUCAUUGAUGCUGUGUUAAGUCUGGCAACCUGCUCCAAAUGUGUGAUUGAUAUCAUUGAUGCCUUGUUAAAUCUGGGAACCGGCUCCAAAUGUGUGAUUCAUAUCAUUGAUGCUGUAUUAUAUCUGGGAACCUGCUUUAAAUGUGUGAUUGAUAUCAUUGAUGCUGUGUUAAAUCUGGGAACCUGCUCCAAAUGUGUGAUUGAUAUCAUUGAUGCUGUGUUAAAACUGAGAACAUGCUUCAAAUGUGUGAUUGAUAUCAUUGAUGCCUUGUUAAAUCUGGGAACCUGCUCCAAAUGUGUGAUUGAUAUCAUUGAUGCUGUGUUAAAUCUGGGAACCUGCUCCAAAUGUGUGAUUGAUAUCAUUGAUGCUGUGUUAAAUCUGGGAACCUGCUCCAAAUGUGUGAUUGAUAUCAUUGAUGCUGUGUUAAAACUGAGAACAUGCUUCAAAUGUGUGAUUGAUAUCAUUGAUGCUGUGUUAAAUCUGGGAGCCUGCUCCAAAUGUGUGACUGAUAUCAUUGAUGCGGUGUUAAAUCUGGGAACCUGCUCCAAAUGUGUGAUUGAUAUCAUUGAUGCCUUGUUAUAUCUGGGAACCUACUUCAAAUGUGUGACUGAUAUCAUUGAUGCUGUAUUAUAUCUGGGAACCUGCUUCAAAUGA